AUGGCAAAACGGGUGAGACGGAGGAAUCGAGGACAACUACGGACCAGCGAAGAUGUGAUGGCAAAAGAGCCGGAUUUCUCAUCCGCGGAUGCAGGCCCUCAUGCGCCGAUGUAUUUCCAUCCGACUGAUAAAUACGAAGAAGAAGAAGAAAGACUCAUUCAUAAAGAUAUCGGUGUUCCUCUUGGCUUAAUCGCGGCCAUACCCUUACUGUUACAAAGCAAACAUGUAUCUUAUGGUCAACAAGCAGUAUUUUCUUUUGCAUAUUGGCCGUUUAGUAUGAAACUGUUAUGGGCGCCAAUAGUAGAUUCAGUGUAUUGGCGACGGAUUGGACGACGGAAAUCCUGGAUGGUCCCAUGCCAAUACCUCAUCGGAUUAUUCAUGCUUAUCCUUUCAUUCAGAGUGCCAUAUGUCAUGGGUGAUGUAACAGAUGCUGCACCCAAUGUACUCUUUCUCAUGUUGAUAUUCUUACCAUUGAAUUUUCUUGCUGCAACUCAGGAUAUUGCUGUGGAUGGCUGGGCUUUAACAAUUCUGUCACGAAAAAACGUGGGAUAUGCUUCUACUUGCAACGCUGUCGGCCAAACUGCUGGUUAUUUCCUUGGAAAUGUAGUGUUCCUGUCGUUGGAAUCGGCUGAUUUUGCUAAUACGUUCAUUCGCUCGGCCGAUAACCAGAAGCCAUACGGAAUAAUCGACUUAGCAGGUUUCGUCUUCUUUUGGGGCUGGGUGUUCAUCAUUUCGACGACGUUGGUCCUUAUUUUCAAAAAGAAGUGGACAAUUCUGUUGUGA